AUGGCGAAAGUAGUUUUAGUAACUGGAGGAACGGGACUAGUUGGGAAAGCUAUCCAAUCAGUUAUCAAGGAAGAAAAACCAGCUGAUGAGGAAUGGAUUUUUGUUGGCACCAAAGAUGCAGAUUUAACGAACCUGGAGUCGGCACGGGCACUUUUUGAUCGAACUCGGCCAACGCACGUUAUCCAUCUGGCCGCCAUGGUAGGAGGUUUGUACGACCAUUUGCAGAAAAACCUGAGCUACCUGAGAAGCAAUAUCUACAUCAACGACCAUGUACUGCUGCUCAGCCAUGAGCACAAGGUCCAAAAAGUGGUAUCCUGUUUAUCCUCGUGCAUUUUUCCCGACAAAACUAGCUACCCCAUCGAUGAAACUAUGAUUCACAAUGGACCACCUCAUGAUUCCAAUUUCGGAUAUGGUUACGCAAAGCGCCUUAUCGAUAUCACCAAUCGAGCUUACCAUUUGCAAUACGGAAGCAUGUUUACCUCGGUCGUACCUUGCAACAUUUUUGGACCUCAUGACAAUUUUCACCCCAACCAUAGCCACGCGGUUCCCGGUUUGAUUCAGAGAAUGCAUGCCACAAUCAAUUUUGAUCAAAGCGAUAAAUCUCCAGAGGACAAAGUUUUCACCGUUAUGGGAACGGGAAAACCUCUGCGACAGUUCAUCUACUCAAUCGAUCUCGCCAAGUUAAUCAUCUGGGUGCUACGUAACUACGACAGCAUCGAACCCAUCUCCCUGAUCCCAGAUGAAUCGGAAGAAAUUACCAUCGCGCAGCUGGCCGAAUCAAUAGCGCGGGCAUUCGAGUUCAAGGGUCGGAUCGAGUUCGAUACCAGCAAAUCGGACGGGCAGCACAAAAAGACGGCUUCCAAUGCCAAGCUGAGACGACUGUAUCCGGACUUUAGGUUUACCGAUUUCGAUAUCGCUAUCCAGCAGACGGUCCAGUGGUAUCAGAACAAUUAUGAAAUUGCUAGAAAAUGA